AUGCCCCCUUCUUCCGCAGCAGACGAUCAGACUGCAGAGGUCAAGCCCUCGACGUCGACCACCCCGACCUCGCCGAUCGCCGCAGGCGCGACCCUGUCCGCGAGCAGCAGCUCGUCCAUUCUGAAGGAGCGUCGGUUCAAGCUGAGCAGGCGAGUCGAGGGUUCUUCCCGCCGGAGAAUCAAGUGUGACGAGGGGCACCCGUGCCAGUCAUGCCUGACGUCCAAUUCGCCAUGCACGUUUGAGGAGCCGGGGAAGCGCACGCAUCCUCACAAGUCCAAGCGCGCUGCGACGCUGGAAGAUCGCAUGCACCAUCUGGAGACACUCAUCCAGGCCAUUCCGCCCGCUGUGUUCGCGGCAGGAGGCACAGGCGCAGCGAUACCGCACUCGCCAAUCGACCCGUCGACGAAUCCGCACGCGUCAUUUGCGUCGUCAACACACAUCUUCCCCACCGCGAUGCCGCCGCCAUCACUUAACUCGUACCCGCUGAUGAACCCGUCGACAUUCUUCGCGCCGGUGAAGACGGCGCGCAACGUGAGUCCGCACACGGGCUUCGGGUCUGGGCAGAACGGGAUGUCGGGAUCUGGCGACGGGCUUGGGGACGACUCGUCGCGCGUGUCGCUGUCGUCGAACUACCUCUACUUCGACGACGAGGGCUACACGCGCUGGCAGGGCGAAACGUCCGGCCUGCCCUUGCUUGACCUUCUCGUAGAGCGGCAUACAAUGACAGCCAAGCCCGAACCGGACCGCAUGCCGCAGGCGCAGUCGUAUGCAAGCCAGAACGGGCAUGCUGCAAGCGACUGGUUCCCGGACCGCACGCCGAAGAGGACCGAUCAUAAUCCAGAGGCGAUCUGGAAGUUGAUCACGUCGUUCAUUGCCCCGGAGCUGAUGGACAGUCUGGUGCAAUGUUUCCUGUCCACGACAUAUUACUUGCUACCUUUUUUGCACGUCCCAACGUUCCUUUCGGAUUAUGGGAAUCCACGAAAAUGGGGCGAGCCUGGGUUCGCUGCGUUCAUUGUCGCCAUUUGCUGUUUAUCAUCACGGCAUAUUGACGACCCUCGCGUGAGAGCCGACCCCAACGACGGCAACACUGCUGGUACACAGUGGUUCGAGCUGUUUGCUCGGUUGCGAACCCUACCAAGUGCAGAUAGACCCACGAUAUACACCGUACAGGCUGUCUUGAUCGCUGGCGUCUACGCCGUAGGUUUGGGCAAGCUCUCCAAGGCGUUUGCUCUUCUAUCAGAAGCUGUGACGCUCUCCAUCGACACCGGCCUGCACCGUUCUGUCGAUGACUAUGACGUCUUCGAUGCCAUCGAGGAUGAGGUGCGCAAGCGCACAUUCUGGUGUGUCUAUCUGUGGGACAAGCAGGCUGCUUCCUACUUCGGCCGUCCGCCCAUGAUCCGCCUGCGCGACUGCGAUGUAACGGAGCCGGCCAUCGUUGACGAUGAGUUUAUCACCCGGGACGGUGUCGGCGUCCAGUCCGCUGAGACGGAGAGUCGCAUGAGCGCCUUCGUCUGCUGCGUGCGCAUCUUUGUGGUCCUCGAGUCCAUCGUCGACAUCCCGCCGCCCCGGCACUUCGGCGAAGGGUGCUCGCCUUUCUUCGCCCGAGCGGCCGCUGUCUUAGGCGGCUUCAAGCGUGCAAAAGAGCUCGGGGAAGAGGAGGCCCUUCUCGACGAGAUCGUGCGCUCGAUACCGGCGCACUGGGCGCACACUGUGGAGACCAUGACGAGCGACGACGUGCUCAGGGUCACACAGGCAAACCGGUUAUACUGUGCAGAGCAGUACGUGCGGAUGCUCAUCCAUCGGCACCGGUUCUCCGAAAUGGUCGCCGAGCGCACUCAGGGGCCGCUCAGUGGCGGGGAACAGAGCGAUGCGGAGUGCGAGGCGAUGCAGACCGCUCAUAAAUGUGCCCUGCAUAUUAUAUCGUCACAUUUACACAUUGCCUCCAAGGGGUUGAUGACGUAUUACGGUGUACAUGUGAUCCAUCAGCUCACGGCUGCAGGGCGUACUCUCGUUGCAGUCCUGCUCUGUUGUCACCCUGAACGCAUGCAGCCCCUGAUCGGCCCAGGCUUAGAAGCUCUGCGUUCUUGCGUUGGACUUCUGAAGCGAUUCAGUGGACGAUACGUGUGCGGCCAGCGCUCAGGUGAUCUUAUGGAAGAGUUCUGUAGACUCACUCAAAUCCCCCUGGAUUCCAACCGUGGUGAUGGUUCAGGAUCCUCCGGAACUCCCGGUCCUAGUCAUCGACCGCCAUGGGUCCGCCCUGCCCGCAAAAAGACGCCUUCGAAUGCCCGCUCUCCGGCCAAUUCAGCUGAUUCACCGUCCCAUGCCGGGAGUCCGGAGGAGUUCCCGGCACCAGACCCUUUCCUAGAUUUGAGGGGCACGAGUCAAGAACCUGCACCCUUCUCGCCUUCCUCCAAUCCAUCUACACAGGGUGUUGCACACGCCCUUUCGCAGGCAGCCUUCGGCGGCUCGUUAGCGACGUUCAUGGACAGUUCGAACGCCAUGGACAUUAUGCCAUCCGAGAACGCCAUUUCUCCGGAUCUGUUGGCGCUGUUUAAUGACGGCUCCGUGGACAUGGCAUCGUUGUUGAUGUCACCUCAUCUCGGUGGGUCGUCAGACACACCCGGCGGCUUCUACGGACUAACUCCCACGCCGAGUGGGAGUGGCCCAGUGAGUAUGGUGUCUCCAUAA